UUCAACUUCCAAAGUCGCGCAACAUUUCCUUUCUCCCUCUGUCCGCCUUUGUUGUCGAUAUUUAUCUGCUUUCUUUCUGAAUAUGUGAGAUAUAAACAACCCGCGGCGGGUUCUCGGUGUUCGGUCGGGCGCGGACGUUAAAAAGCGUUUAUUAAACUUUUCCCGGGGUUUCUAUGGAAGCGCGCUAACGAUAGCGAGCUAGCUAACGUUACCGGAGCUAACUUUAGCUAGCAGCUAGCUGUGUUUGUUUGUUUGUUUGUUUGUUUGUUUGUUUGUUUGUUUUGAUUGAAAACAAGUUUAAAGAUAAAAGCUUGAACUCAUUCACCGCCAUGACGUCUGCUUCCGCCAAGGUCGGGGAGAUCUUCUCGGCUGCAGGAGCCGCCUUCACCAAGCUGGGAGAGCUGACCAUGCAGCUGCACCCGGUGUCGGACUCCAGCCCCGCGGGAGCCAAGUGGACCGAGACGGAGAUCGAGAUGUUGCGUUUGGCGGUGCGUCGGUUCGGAGACGACCUCAACAACAUCAGCACCGUGAUCAAAGAGCGCACCGUGGCGCAGAUCAAGAGCACGGUGAAGAGGAAGCUGUACGAGGACAGCAGAGUCCCCAUUUCCUCCGAGUCCCCGAAGAAAACCGUCAAGAAAACCGCUGUGACGCCGGCCCCCGCCGCCCCCGCCAUGAUCGCCGUGCCGACCUCGCAGGUUGUCGUGGCGACAGGCAUGCAGAAUAGUCCCUCUCUGGCCCCGCCCAUCAAGAAACAGAAGACGGCAGAUGUGACCCUCAGCGCUCUCAACGACUCGGACGUGAACAGCGACCUGGUCGACAUCGAAGGACUCGACUCCAACAAGAAACUCAACUUCGACCAAGAGAGCCUGAACCUGGACUCAAGCCUCAUCAUGAACUCCAGUGACCUCCCCCUCCUCUCCCGCUGACCUUCGACCUCUGCACAGAGGAGCUCUCUUAUUACUCACUGACGUCUUUUUUAGGUUCCAGCUGCAGAAACACAGGUUUUAUUUUACAGAGUCAGUCGGUUUUAGAAAUCAGAGUUUUUUACGUCCUGUGUCGUUAUCAUGAAGAAUAAUCGGCGUCGACCUCGUAGAGACGCUUUAAUACGAAGAAGCUUCCUCGGCCGGCUGAAUCCUCUUUAAAUGAUCUGUAUGAAACAUACUCUGUCUGCUGCACAACAACAUUUAAACCGGGUUAUUAUAUUAAAGUGUCUCAGAGCUACGGAAGCCUACUACUGCCAAAUAAAAACAAAUCAGUAUCAAAAUAUAUCGUAAACAAUUUAUUGUUCUAACAGGAUAUUUUUAUGUUAAUUAUAAUACCGACACGUUCUGUUAUCUUGUUCUAACGAUAACGUUUUAACGUUGAUCAGACGCAGCAGAUUAGUGUUAUUUUGUGCGAAAAUGUGAAAUAUUUGAAGAUACUGUAAUCUAUAAACGAUAAUAAUCUCACGCAACGUUCCCUAAUAAUCAAUAAUAAUAAUAAUCAUGAUUAAUCCUCCAGCCGUCAGACAUCAGAGCCCAGAUCAGAACGAAUCCAACCAGAAUAUCUUCAGUCGCAUUCAUAAUAACUCUCAUUGUAAAUCAUGGUUCAUAGCCUCCGUUACCAUAGUAACCUGCUCACUGCUGUCUGUCUGUCAGUAGUCAACAGUGAGAAACACCUCGUUAUGUCGUUAGCAACGGAUCCACUGAGCUCGUUAAUCCCCUGAAGUUGUUUCAACGAGGGGUCCACUAACUGCUAAUGUUAGCCGCUAACAGUAACCAGUUUAGUUUCCUCAAAUCAAUCGAUGUCAGGUACCAGAUACCGACAGCAACCACUCAUAAUUCAGCUGCUACACUUAAAAGGUCAGAGGUCGUGAAACGGUUCAGAUCUUUCUUGUUGUGGAGGAAACAGAAUAUUGUUUCUUCUGGAGGAUUCAGAGUUUCUGAGCAGCUCCAAGUUUCCAGGAAGUUCUCUGGAAACGUUAAAGACGCAGUUUACUGAACGAACGCUGAACUCGAGGGACAAUUUAUCUAAUCUGUCUUUAUUAUUGUGAAUAAUUCUCCAACCAGUGGGUCUGACUUCCUGUCUGUGGCUCUCUGAGCUUUAAAAACACAGCUAUAUGUUUGUUUGGGACUAUUUCCAGCGGCGGAUGAAUCCUCAUUUGGUGCAGCAGCGGGACGGUGAGAAGAUCCAGCCGGUUGCUUUCAGUCUGAAUCCGUAGCAGACUGAUUAUUGAUCAUGAUGGUAGAAAAUCUGCUGAUUGAACAUUUUAUGAAUCAGUGACGUAAAAACAGUUUUCAUUACGUUAAAUAAAAAAAACCUGAGAACA